AUGAUAGGCAAGUUACCCAGUUCCAGGUUCGCUGCAAUAUACGACACCUUACCUGCGGACGCCCAGCAGGCGCUGGUCGAGAAGCACCUCAUACCGCUUCUCAAUCUUGUCGAGAGGAGCAGAUCGAAAAAAGUACUCGGAGUCGUUACCCGUUUGCAGGAGCGACACGCAGGAAUCCCAUUGCUGGAUCUGAAUGCGAAGAAGGCCGAGAUUACUGCGUUAAUGGAUGAGCUCCACAGAGAUGCGAAGCGCUCCUUCGUCAGGGAACGAUCGCACAAGUCGGAAAUCCUUAGCGAAACGGUGGACAGUCUCACGGACUGGUUAAAUGACAUCUGGAGCGUCGUGUAUGAGCACAAUGUCGAUUUCAUGCAUGCGCAUAAGUGUCUCCUUUUCGUGGCUAGUUCAUUGGAUCAUAUCGGGAAUGGACGAUCUGGUUGCAAAUGUGCAUUCACCAACAUGUACGUCUCUGUGGUUCUCAAGAGGAAUACGGGAAGGCGUGUCAAAUCAUUUGCAAUUAACGGUGCCCAUAACGUGGAAGAGGUUCUCUACUUCAUUUGGCGCGACCUACUCUUGAGCUUGCUCGCGACCGGUAGUGAACGCCAGGUCAGUAUUAUACCGGAGAUACUUGGAGAGAUUGAGGAUAUGCUGGGCUGGACGGCUCUCGAAAGGGUCCUGUAUGGUGGCAAGAAGUGUCCUCAUGAUUAUGGUGACGAUGACGAUGACGACGACGAUGAUGACGAGGAGGAGGAGUAUGAGUCUGAGGAUGAGGAUGAAGACGGAGAUGAUGAAGAAUACAUCGACGACGAGACAGACUCAAAGCCAUACUUCUCGAGUCACUGGUCGUACCGCGUGAGCAGUCAGAUGUGGCAGCUGCGGAAACAUAUCCAAGAUGCCAUGAUGGGUGUUUUCAAGCUGACUCCUUCACUACGGCUUUAUUCCUCACUUCUGGCUAUCUCUACUGACCCUGAAUCCAUUGAAUCCCAGUUGAUGAAGCACCUCUCCUCAAUUGCGGCGAGCUCCUCCGAGACGUUCUCUGCAGCGCUAGAUAUCCACGCUCUCGAGGAUGACGCAGACACGAUCGUAUCACUACUUGACUCGCACUCACAUCUUCUCCGACCUCGAGAUGCGCCUUCACUACAGACAGCGGUCGCCUGCAUUUCUGCAAGCCCUUUCUACCAGGCGCAGGCACUCCAGAUCAUCGAGAAGGAGCUAUUGGAUACCGCACGUGCCGUGCGCUCAGCUUUACUCUCGUCGUUCUCGCAGGUGGAAAGUCGUGCAAAUAUCGACGAGAUCAUGGAAAUCGUUAAGCUCCGCGCCGGGGCUCCAGGUAGACAGGAUCGAGUGGAGGCAUGGGUUGACGCGAUUGCGACUCCAGGGACUGCCGCGCCUAAUCCUAUGGCAUUUGCAGCGAUGAUGAUGGGCCUGCCGAUCGUGCCUGGAAUGGAGGCAGCUGAGGAGGGCGACCCUGCUGGCUAUCUCGAUUUCGACCCUCACGAUCCUGACUUGGACGAACUCAGAGACGAGUUCCGCCCGAAGCUCAAGCAGCGAUUCGAGGGUUGGUCUGAUGUCGCCAUCAGUGUCAAGGGUGCUGCAAUGGUGCAGCUCAAGGUAUACAAGGCACUCAUCGAGAUGAUGCCAUUCUUGCGAGCCAACGAUGUUGUCGAAGAGAUGGUCGGCAGGCUGGCAGACAAACCGAGCAAGCAUCAUGUUUGCGAUGGCCUGGACGCACUUUUGAAUUUCGUCAAGGUGCAGCGCAGAAAAGCAGCAAUGCAGCGGUCAGAAACCAAGUUCCGCAAGGACACUGCCAGGGCGGCACGAACAGCCGGGGCGAGAGAACCAUCCACCAGCACUACUCAACCCGCCGCACCAGUAGUCCCUCCUGGAACGUUCGCGAAUUUCUUCGACUGCGCCAUGGCGAGUGCUCCUUCGAACUCGGGAAUGGGAGGUAUGGAGGACGUCGACUAA